GUUCUUCGAGGGAACAGCAGUGAUGCAUGCGAGGUCCGUGACCCGUGCCAACACGGCGGGAUUUGCAUAUCAACAGACAGCGGCCCAAUUUGCGAAUGUCGCAACCCGGAUUACGAGGGCGAAUAUUGCGAAAAAGAUAAGGCGCCUUCAGAAGCCGUCUUCCGUGGCACCGAGUUUUUAUCCUACGAUCUGAGCCACACUGGAGGAGAGCCAAUCGUUAGCGCUCAGGAUUCGGUCAGUUUUUACUUCAAAAGUCGACAGCCGAGCGGAUUACUUUUCUACACAGGGGAAGGAACGGAUUAUCUAAAUGUAGCCAUGAAAGACGGUGGCUUAAGUUUAACAAUGGGCCUAGCCAACGGAAAGCAGGAAAUGCAGAUUAAACCCAACAAGGUCCGAUUCGAUGAUAACCAAUGGCACAAAGUCAGCGUUCAUCGUCGAAUACAAGAAAUUUCCGCCAUCACCAGUUUCUGUAGGCUUUCAGCAGUUGUGGACGGAGUAUAUGCUGACCACUCACAUAUCGCCGGAAAGUUCACGAUGCUCUCGUCGAGUCGGUUGUACGUGGGAGGAAGUAUCAACACUAGAGCUUUGCCAGGAUCGAGGGUCCAUAACAACUUCGUUGGCUGCAUGAGGAAGGUGGAGUUCGUUGCCGACACGCUCAGGCUGAACCUUUUGGAGUUAGGCAGAUCUGGCAACCACUUGAUCUCCGUAGCUGGUCGUUUGGAGUACAAAUGUCCUGCAGGAGAAACCCAUGAUCCUAUCACAUUCACCACCAGAGAAUCACAUUUGAUCUUGCCUCCGUGGAAUGCCAAGAAGUCCGGAAAUAUUUCCUUCAAGUUUCGCACAAACGAACCGAACGGUCUUCUGCUUUUCAAUGGGGGCGUACGACCACCAAGGGCCGACCUCUUCGCCAUCGAAGUAUACAAUGGUCACAUCUACGUGCACCUGGACCUGGGUGCAGGCCCAUCAAAGCAGAGAGGUUCUAUGCGUCGGAUCGAUGACGGGUCAUGGCACGAGGUGACCUUUAGGCGCACCGGACGGGACGCUCGCGUCACAGUAGAUGGCUUCCACACGGACUUCAAAACUGCAGGUGGGUAACCCUUUUGACUUGCCCUUUCGUCCAACAAAGGACCUCGAACGAAUCUAAAAAAAAAAG